UGAAAGCUGCCUCAUAAAGGGCACACACACUGUUGGACGAGUGAGACAAACAGGAGUUAAACAGACAGAGUGUGAUGCGAAGGCAAAGGAUGUGGUUAGGUGCACUUUGUAGCAACAUUGUGCAAGCACAGAGAAGGAAACGGCAGAUAAAAACAGAGAACUGGUCUUUUGAAACAGCCGUCUGUAGCGUCUGACUGGAGCUUUUUCCUCAUUCUUUAGACGUCAGGCUACCUUGUUUAUCGACGAGGCUGGACAAUGAUUGAAAGCUCUAAAGAAUGACUGUCAUCUGUUGUUCUCUGGCUGUUUCUCUUAAAGGCACACCCUGCAGGUCCGACUUCAGCUGUGACAUACGGGUUUGUGUUUUCAGGCUGUUACCUUGGAGACCGGCGUCAGCCAGAAUAAGGAGGCGAGACGAGGGAUUCCCAAAGACAGACAGACCUGAGAAAGACAGCAGCUAGGAGCGAUGGACCGCCAGCAGCAGCACGCCAAAGUGGAACGCUUUCUCAAGUUGGGAUACGCUCACACCGACAUUCUCAGGGUGCUGGAGAGCCUGCACCAUGACGCCCAGACCAACGACAUCCUGGAGGAGCUCAUCAAGACCUGCCACACUCGCAGCACCAGCGUACCCAACAGUCCCAAGCUGGUGCCCAGAGGCUGCAGCCCCAGCCCCRGCCCCAACAAGGCCAGGACCGGCCCUGACAGAGAGUCGAACACAGGCUUCAGACCCGUGGUUAUAGACGGCAGCAACGUGGCCAUGAGCCAUGGUGACAAGAAGGUGUUUUCAUGCCAAGGCCUCCAGCUGGCGGUGAACUGGUUUUGGGACAAAGGGCUGCGUCACAUCACUGUGUUUGUGCCCCUGUGGAGGAAGGAGCAGGCACGGCCUGAGGCGCCCAUCACAGAUCAACAUAUUCUCCAUGAACUGGAGAGGAGAAAGAUCCUGGUGUACACACCGUCCCGCUGCGUCAACGGCAAGAGGGUGGUGUGUUAUGAUGACCGCUACAUCAUCAAGCUGGCAGUUGAAUAUGAUGGAAUCAUCGUGUCCAACGACAACUACCGUGACCUGCAGACAGAGAAUCCCCAGUGGAAAAAAUUUAUUGAGGAGAGGCUCCUAAUGUACACAUUUGCCAAUGACAAGUUCAUGCCUCCAGAUGAUCCCCUGGGUAGAAACGGUCCCACCAUUGAUGACUUYCUCAGGAAGAAGCCAUGGACACAGGACAACAAGCAGCAGCACUGUCCAUACGGAAAGAAAUGUACUUAUGGGAUAAAGUGCAAGUUCUACCAUCCAGAGAGGGCGAAUCAGUCACAGCUGGCUGUAGCAGAUGAACUGAGGGCUCUGGCACAUCAACCUGAACACAGAUACACUCCACCCACCCCUCCCUACGGAAGCAGAGACGACCUGACUCACAGCGACCCCUCCAUCUGUUACAGGGAGAGCAACAACCUGAGAAGCCAGCUAAACAAGAGUCCUCUUUUUUACCAGUACUCAAGCUCCGAUGCAGACGAGGCCUUCAGCUCCAUGGGUAGCUCCAUGUCCAGGCUCAGCAUCCAGGACAUGCCGUUCAGCCAGGAGCCCCCUCUGACCAGCUACAGCAGCGGCAGAGGCAGCUACCAAAUGUCCGGCUCGUACGCCGGGAACAGCCUGAGGCUUUCACCCAAUGGACACAGUUACUACCCUCCCCAAAAUGGCUCUUUGCCCUGUGAGAGUCACAUGUACAGCCAGUGUAGGUGCGGCCACCAGAACCCGGCCAACCAUCAUCACCACCACCACCACCAGCAGCAGCACCACCAGCAGCGCCAGCCGGUGUGGAGCUCCUGCCCCACUGUGCCUGCACACAGCGGGGAGCAGACUUCUCAUUUCUCAGACAUGCAGUACCAGCAUAGCCACAGCCUGCCCCGGGACCCCUGGGGGCAGCAGCCCAGCGCCUCCAUCAACCAGAGCAGAAGCGUGUCCAGUGAGCAGAGGAACGACCUGCGGAGCCAGCUGAGCACGCUCUUCCCUCAGAGCAUGGUGGAGCAGGUCCUGAACGCCAACCCCCACGUCUCAGACAUGCUGGAACUGAUCGGACUCAUCCAGAACUACAGGACCAGCAACAUGUCCUUCUAGACUGCCAAACCUCUAUUGGUGCUUUCAAACUGAGCCCACACUGGAGUUCUCAUCCCGGAAAUAGUGAAACCAAAGUGAACAUUUCCUUAAGAGAAAUUUUAUUUGUUAUGAAAUGUGUCAAACGCAUUAUAUUAAGCAUUAAGAAGGAAGUUGGUCUGAUAAAACUACAAUGUCGGCUAUUCCUUUAUCCUAUUACAGAAGUGCAAUGCACUUAGCUCCAUUCCAGCUACUUAUUGUAGCGUUGACAAAUGUUCAUUAAAGCAACAUGUGUUGUUUUUUCAUGUUGCCUCAAAAUGAGGAACACUAUAGACUGUACUUUUGUGAAGACUGUCCCGAUAUUAACUGUGAAACAUUGUGGUUUUGUUGCACAUUUUGAAUAAACUUUGUAAAGAA